GGUACUUCGUGCCUUGUGUAUAGCUCUCCCUCGUGGGCGCCAGACGACUGGGACGAUCCUACCCCAUUUUCGGCACAUGCAUAGUACACACCACUCAGAUGGAGGAGACACACUACUAGUCUGGUUCCAUCACAGCAUAGCAAUAGCCUCACGACUACUGGCCCGGAAUAUCCCACCUCUGAGAGAGAGAGGCAGAGAGGGGAGGCCUCCCGUCUCCCUCGGACCUGCACUGCUACACUACACUACACCACACAACACACAACCGCGUCUUAUCACUCUCAGCCAUCGCAUAUCCCGUCCCCGUCCCGUGUACCAAGAAUAUAAGUGUACUAUUACACUACCGUUAGAAACCCGCCCCACCCCCGCUUUCCCCGUGCCCGCUUGCAUCCUUUUUUUGGAAAAGGGGAAAAGAAAGGGGAGUAGGGGUUCCUUUCCAUCCUGCAUGUGGCACAAGCGAGGGGAGAGAAGGGAAGGGGAUGGAAGGAAGCGGCGUCCCAAUCCCGCACCAUCCCAAGAACGGGUAGCUCUCAGGCGGCUCGGUGACGGGCGGACGGGCGGACGGGCGGCGGGCGGGCGAUCGGGCAUGUGUGGGUGUGUGUAUGCCGUCCGAACGUGGUCCGUCCCCCCGUCCCCCAUCCCGUCGUCCUGGAUUGUCUCUUUUCGCUCCGUGCACAAGGUAUUUUUGUCCCGAGUCCUUCCUCUCAAUUCCCUCUUGAUACUCUGACAACGGAUAAAUCCCGGGCCUCUGCUGGGUCUUCAAUAGUACAGUACACGUCUACCCAAAAGUACCGCAGGUAGGUAACAUUCCGUAGGGCACCUAGUUAGUACUCGGAUCCGCGGUACGGUACACGCAUUUUUGGGUGUUGUCUUUUCAUCCUCCCAUUGGCGUCGGUACUUGGGCAAUCCUUAGUUCCCCCAUCCGAUCCCAUCCGAUCCUAUAUCCCGCCCCCCCUGAGCCGCGCAACCCAUCAGUCUCAGUCGAUUGCAGAUCCCUACCUGACUUGGUACCGUACACUACCCUGGCUUGGCCCGAUUAGUGCGGUCUGGACUCUUGCCGACUACAACCUCGCCGCCGCCGU